CCGCUUUAAACACACAACCAAGAAAGCAACACAAGUGGUCAAAACCAAGGCUCUCAAAAUAUUUACAACAAAGUGACAAAGUAAAUGUGUCAAUGAAGACACCAGAUACUAAAGCGAAGCUUCUAAACAAUAUUAGCCUAUCCAAGCAUCUGUCCUCUAAAAAGGGCUCACGCACCAUCAAUUGCGGUAAUCUUCUGGAAUUCUCCGUGCUCACACUUCAAACCAACGUGCCCUGACUCCGUACGCCCCAUUCUUGUACCCACUGUAACUGCAUAAA